AAUUCCCGCAAGGGCGCCCAAACGGGUGGGGAGCAGUUGAGCGUCUCUUGGCCGUCCCGGACCAGUAACACGGUGCAAUGCAAACCCUGCAGCUGUUGAGUCCCCACUUUGCAGCCGGAUUGCAUGGAUCCGGGCCCCCUCGAUGGGUUCUAGGAAAGGAGCGUUUUUGGAGAGAGCGUCUCUCAUCAUCCCCCCCCCCCCGCAACCGCCAAUUACCUCUUCCCUAACACGCCGCAUCUUUACCUCUUUGUUCUCUCCUGGCCAUCCGCCUCCCCUGCUCCCUGCUCCGAUUUCGUUUCCUGCAAUAUAAUGGGGAGGUGGGAGUUGUCUACCGACGCCCCUCUUCCCCUUUCCAAAAUCUUCCGCUUCUCCAGCGGCUGCUUUUGCCCCCUUGCCUGGGAACAUCCGACACGUUUUCGAAGGGGGGGGGGGAGGCCUCGCAAUUUCAGUCGCAGAGCAGCCCCCGCUUGUGUAAGGAGGGGAACCGGAGGUGACGUCACGAGAAGUGUGACAAUUUUGCCAUUUCCUUAGCUGAACACACGCACGCGCACACGCGCGCGCGCGCCAAGGGCGCAGAUGCACUCUGCAGGCGGAUCCACAAGAAGGCGGUUUUCUCCUUACUGGGACCAGAGGCGAGACACGCACCCCGAUCCCGUACAUGCCCCAAGUCAGGCUUUUACCUUAUGCACCUUCACCUGGAAACAAAUUUCAUGGCUUCCGUCUGAGAAAAUGCACAUCAAACUACAAAGCUAGGACACACGACCAAUGCAAGCUUGCUGGGAUUAGUUCUGCGUAAAUACAGUUUUUUGUUUUGUUUUGUUAAAGCAUCAAACUACCUGCCCCCCCCCAAGCUGCGGCAGCGGCUAUGACGAAAUGAAUAGAGGCCCGGGAAAAGAGAACCAAUCAGAAGAGCCGGAACGAAGAGGCGAACCAAUCAGGUGAGCCGGAAGCUGGGAAACCCAUUGAAGAAGUUGCGGCUUGGUCAUUCAGCUUUUUCUGUUGAUCUGCCGCUUCCGUAUUCCGCAGCCUGAGGCUCCCACUUCAGUCAGCCUGAUGGUUCCGGAUUAAAAGUUCGCUGGGGAAGUUGGGAGAAAUUACCUGGAGAGGAGGAGAAAGAGGUGCAAGAUAUUUAUGGGUGGUUUGCUUUUACUCUCCCGGAAUCUACAAACGGGGCAGCUAGGAGGGGAAGGGAGGAGGGAGGGAAAUGAGAUUUCUUGGGGGAGGGGGAUGAGGGAAGAGCAAGGAAGAGCCCCCCCCUUUCUCUCUGGGAAGCAGUAUUGGGGGUUGGGAUCAAGGCAAUCCAGUUUAAAAGUGGUGGUGGUGGGUCUCCUGCCCAGCAAAUCUUGCAUUCCAAGAUUCUCUUUGAAGUGCGGAGAUCUGGGCAGCCCAGCUUUUCAUGCACUGCCUUGCUGCACAUGGGGGAGCGGGGCCAAAAUUUAAUGCCCCCCUCCCCCGCCGUGGGUGGGUGCCAUAGCAGUUUAUGGUUUUUUGAAAGGGUACCUUGUCACAGUACUUUUUCCAACUGCCUUUGCCAGUUUUUCUGACUUUCUGUUUCUAUCUGCAAAUGUUCCAGACUUUCUGUUUCUAUCUGCAAGUGUUCCAGAGAUUUCUAAUUUUGAUUAAUGAGUUGUUGAGCAGCAAAUAAAGAAAAUGUGAUUAGUUCUUCAUAUCUCAGAUUAGCAUUGUCGUCUUUAAAAAUGGCUAACAAUACCAAGGGGACGCGGGUGGCACUGUGGGUGAAACCACAGAGCCUAGGACUUGCCGAUCAGAAGGUCGGCGGUUCGAAUCUCCGCAAUGGGGUGAGCUCCCGUUGCUCAGUCCCAGCUCCUGCCAACCUAGCAGUUCGAAAGCACGUCAAAGUGCAAGUAGAUAAAUAGGUACCGCUCCGGCAGGAAGGUAAACGGUGUUUCUGUGCACUGCUCUGGUUCGCCAGAAGCGGCUUAGUCAUGCUGGCCACAUGACCCGGAAGCUGUAUGCCGGCUCCCUUGGCCAAUAAAGCGAGAUGAGCACCGCAACCCCAGAGUCAGCCACGACUGGACCUAAUGGUCAGGGGUCCCUUUACCCUUACCUUUAACAAUACCAAACUUCAGGUAGAUAGGAUGUUUAGUUUUCACUGUGUGUGUGUGUGUGUGUGUGUGUGUGUGUGUGUAAAGGGACCCCUGACAAUUAAGUCCAGUUGUGAACAACUCUGGGGUUGCAGCGCUCAUCUCGCUUUACUGGCCAAGGGAGCUGGCGUUUGUCCACUUCCGCAGACAGUUUUUCCUGGUCAUGUGGCGAGCAUGACUAAGCUGCUUCUGGCGAAACCAGAGCAGGAAACACUGUUUGCCUUCCCGCCGGAGCGGUACCUAUUUAUCUUCUUCCACUGUGUGCUUUCGAACUGCUAGGUUGGCAGGAGCAGGGACCGAACAAUGGGAGCUCACCCCGUCGUGGGGAUUCGAACCACUAACCUUUCGUUCGGAAAGCCCAAGCGGCACAGUGGUUUAACCCACAGCACCACCCGCAUCCCUAGAUAGAUAGAUAAUCUGUGUUUGGAUUCUGCAUUAGUAUUUGUGAUUAGAAUUUCAACUGGAGUUUAUGGACCUAGAGGCAUAUGCAGUAACUUUUGGGUUCGUUAGAAAAUGUGUAGAUAAUUCCAGAUGUUGCCUAGCUUUACUUAAUAUUUGUUCCCUGGUCAAAGGUAUACUAUCUGUGUAAAUGUCUCCCACCCUACAUAAAUCCGUUUUUCUCCAUUGUUCUCAUUAGAGAGCUGCUCCCUGCUUUGAAGUUCAUUGUGGCAACAGCGGAGUCCUGGAAGUGGCCCAGUUUCCCCUCCUUGUCCUCUGUCUCUUCCAAAGGCAGCACAAUGGCCUCAGAGGCACCAUCGCUUGCACUGUCUCUUCUUAAAGAUGGAGUGAAAAGAGGAGCCUGGCAUCUUCCUCAGGUAGGGAAAGAGCAAUGGGAGCAGGGAGGAGGGAAGAGGCACAGGUGGGACAACCCAGCCUCCCUCUGUGUUGAGUGGGAUGAUGGGGAUCUAAGAGAAGCUCUGUCUUCUUCCUCUUCCUCUUCCAGGCCCUCUUGACCUUUGAGGAGGUGGCUGUGUUUUUCACGGAGGAGGAGUGGGCUCUGCUGGAUCCUGGCCAAAGAGCUCUGCACAAGGAAGUCAUGGAGGAGAAUUAUGAGAUGGUGGCCUCUCUAGGUAAGGAUGCAUUUUUUAUGCCUCUUGGCUGCUAGACGUUGGAGGUGUGAAUCUCCUGUUUGAGCCAUUUAUUCAUGCUGUGUAGGAACAACAUACCUUGUACGGAUAACCUGCUGGAUCAGCCCAGUGGCCCAUUUCAUCCAGCAUCCUGUUGCCUGUGGGAAGCCAGCAGGAUUUGAGCAUAGAAGCAUCACUCCCCUCCUGUGGUUUCCAGAAACCACUGCCUCCGACUGUGGAAGCAGAGUAGAGCCAUCUUGGCUAGUGGCCGUUGGUGGACCUCUCCUCCUCAAUGAAUUUAGAGCAUUAGCAAUUUCCCAUCUGACUUCUUUGUAAACUCUCAGGCGGAUGCCAUGCGGACCUGGAAUUUUAUCUGUUUUAAUUUUGUCUAUUUGACUGAGAACUUCAUAUCUCACCACCACUAUCCAUCUCAGCUCGGCCUCAAGGGAGAUUAAUAAUAAUAAUAAUAAUAAUAAUAAUGAUAAUCCCUCUCUCCUGACUGGUUUCCCCAGCCACUCUGGGCAGCUUCCAACACAUAUAAAAACAUAAUACAGUGGUGCCUUGAUUCUCAAACAUAAUCCGUUCCAGGAGUACCUUCGACUCCCAAAACCAUUCGAAAACCAAGGUGCAGCUUCCGAUUGGCUGCAGGAGCUUCCUGCACUCAAGCGGAAGCUCGUCAGAGUUUGUCUUCCGAAAAACGUUCGCAAACCAGAACAUUUAACCAUUUACCUGUGUAAAACAUAAAACAUGAAAAGGCUUCCCUAUACAGGGCUGCCUUCAGGUUAUAAGGGAAAAUGCUUUUUAAAUUGCAUUUUAACCUGUCUUUUAAAUUGGUUUUUUUCCCCAAUUAUGUUUUUACUGUAAUUUUACUGGUGUUAGCUGCCCUGAGCCCGGCUCUUGCCGGGGAGGGCGGGGUAUAAAUAUAUAUUUUUUUUAAAAAAUAUUAUUAUUAAAUAUUUUGUUUUUUGUUUGUUUGCAAGAGUGGGGUGCCCUGGCCUCCUUGCCCUCCUGCAGAGCUCACGUGUCUGUCUUACUCGGACCUAAGAAGUUCGUCUGCCCAGGCUCCCUCUGGCUGACGGAGUGCCCUUCUUGGCUGGCUAGUCCUAGCUACUUCCUUCUAGCUAUUGCCUUCUAGCUUACUUUCCAUAAGACUCCUGAAAUAAGAGCUAACUAGUUACUUUUCUAUUUACUGGCAUCGGAACACUUUUCAAAGUACCACUUACCCUGUAGUUCCUUACUUUACUUUAGUGUGGGUCUGUGGCAAAUUGUUGUCAGGAGCCUUGUGGUCACUCUUCCCAGUAGGUCUUGCCCCAUUGAGGCAGGUGCGAGGGCUGAUGUUCCCUGCCUUCCCACUGCUCUCUAAGGCCCUCCCCUGGUUCUUUCCCCAGCAACCUAAGGCUCCUUCGUCUUGUCUCUCUUUGCUUCACCCUCUUCAUUCCUCUGUGUGUUCUGGGAGAUCAGUGGGGAGAUGAGCUGGUCAAAGCAGGAGGGGGAGCUUCCCUGGCUUCUUAUCCAGGUUGCCUCUACUUUGCUUCUUGAUAUCGGCCUCUGCUUUCGCCUCCCAAGGCUGGACUGCUCUCUUCCACAGCCUCCUCCUGCUCACCAAACCCUCCUCAGCUUCCAACACCUCCUGCUCCCGGACUGCUCCCUCUUUUCCUUCUGAAAGCCCCUCGUCAUCCCACCACCAAUCCCCUGGCUCUGAGCCUUCUUCCCCAGGGGUUCCCCCCCCCCACCUCUUGCCUCUCACUAUUCCUCUGCAUCCAGCCAGUCCAUGUUGAUUGUCAAGGCUCUCUCUCUUUAGGUGGUUGAUAGGGGUCCUUCUUUUACUCUUUAGAUAAAGAUUUUUGCAGAUUUGCUGUCUGAAGCAACAUUCACAAGGUGUGUAUGUUCACAUAAACACACCUUGUGACAGUGGGGACCAUGCGGCCCCCUCCUACUCAUUCCGUGCAUCUUUAUAGGAUCUGAAUACAUACAGUGGAACCUCGAGUUACGUUGCCUUUGGACUACGUAAACUUGGUUUGUGCACUGCAGGAAACCCGGAACUACUGGAAUGGGUUAUUUCUGGGUUUCGUCGCUCACACAUUCACAGAAGCACUAAACUGCACCGCGUGUGUGCGCAGACGCAGCACUUUGAGUUGUGAAAGUUUUAUGUUAUGGAUGGGCCUCUGGAACGGAUCCCGUCCGUAACACGAGGUACCACUGUAAUCCGAAUCUCAAAGGCGAGAGAAUAGAUUAAUUUGAAAUGGCCGGUUUUGCCCCAAAGUAGCUAAUAUUAUCUCUUUCCUUGACAGAAUCAGACCUCAAUUCCUGUUGGGAAGAAAGACAAGGUCCAUUUCUCCAGAAUCCCAAAGAAGGGGAGAUGUCAGCAGGUAGGUGCUUAGAUGUGUCGUGGGGCCCUCCAGGAAGUGAGGGAGAAGCCGGAUGCCAGCAUGGUGUGGUGGUUAAGAGCGGUGGACUUGUGAUCUAGUGAACCGGGUUUGCUUCCCCGCUCCUCCACAUGCAGCUGCUGGGUGACCUUGGGCUAGUCACACGUCUCUGAAGUCUCUCAGCCUCACUCACCGCACAGUGUUUGUUGUGGGGGAAGAAGGGAAAGGAGAUUGUUAGCCGCUUUGAGACUCCUUAGGGUAGUGAUAAAGCAGGAUAUCAAAUCCAAACUCUUCUUUUUUAUGUCCUGCUUCUUAUCAGCAUUCCUUUGGCCCCUGUGGGGCUCUUGGAGUAAACAGGCCAGCGAGACAAAUGUGGUUUUCAAUGCCUUUCUAUUGGGCCUUGGGACUCUCUCCUCCCCAGGCCCUGACCCUUGUUGACCAGUGCUGCUUCACAUCCUCCUUGAGUCCUUUUUCCUGGCUGGGUUGUUUCCUUGAAAUGGGGCUUCUUCCUUGCCUGGAUGGGAGGAGAGAGAAGGGUGUGUAGAAAACGUGCUCCUGUCCAGAGCUGACAUUUGCAUCUAUUGAUACACCCACGUCUGCCUCUGGCCCCACAAAGUGUGAAUAUGCGGCUCUCAAGCUGUAAAAAGUUGCUCACGCCUGAGAGAGACCAUUGGUCUGAUCCAGCAGCCCUUUUCUAAAGAGUAGAGUCGGCCUCUAGGUUGAGGUUUCCUUUCCGCAUUGCUAGUAUAUGCCCCAAAUUAAAAUAGCCUCCGCGGUGCCUCUGAACUGAGGUCAAUGUACAGUGAGAUCCUCUUCACAAGUGCCAGAGCGAUUCUGCUGGGUUCACAUGGCCCUCUGCUUUCCCUCAGCAGGACAAUUAAGACUUUGCCUUUCCCUUAUUUUGGCAAGAGAGCCAUGGCAGCCGUAGUGCUAGGAGUGUUUGGGUAUUUUGUAUUCCAAAUUAACUCUUUGAAACCAUUUCCCAAACCAGACUUCAUCACUUGGGAGAAUGGAGAAGAUCCAGUUGGAUGGGGCUCUGGGAAAGUGGAGAGAUCAGCAGACACAGCUCUGCUUAGUGACAGCAUGUGGAACAGGAAGGGACUUGUUGUCUUGAAACUGUUGCAUAUUCAGAAGCUAACUUCAGAUUCAGUUGGGUAGGAAGAAAAGGAGGGGGGGACAUACUUGAAAACUGUAAAAUCAGAGAAGCAGAGAACUGGGCUUGAUCCAUGAUUCUGCCUUGCAAUUUGAACAAUAUUUUCUUUUUCUCCUUCCCUCAAAUCAGGUAAUUGGCAGAAGAGUGAGAAUUAUGGUGAGCCAUCCGUAGUGUCAUUAGAAAAUGUGGAGAGUGAAACAGCGGACGAGAUAUUUGUAAAUCAACAAUCACCCCCAAAGCAUGUAGAAAACAUGUUGAAAAAUGGGGAAAGCACACCUUCCACUACUCAGGACAUUAGUGUUCAUGUACCCUUGAAUUCACAGGAGGAAUGCACAGGAAGCAGCAAUGUGGAGUGUGAACAGAGGUUCAGUCAUAGUGGAAGGCUUAGUUUACAUCAGAGAACCCAAACAGGGGAGAAAGCGUUUCAAUGCACGGAGUGUGGAAAGAGCCUCAGUAGUGCUGGUAACCUUGUCAAGCAUAAAAAAAUCCAUGCGGGGGAGAGACCCUUUAAAUGCAUGGAGUGUGGAAAGAGCUUCAGCCAGAGCGGAAACCUUAUGGCACAUCAAAGAAUCCACACUGGGGAGAAACCAUAUAAAUGUAUGUUGUGUGGUAGGAGUUUCAGUCUCAAUCACCAUCUUACUUUACAUCUAAGAACCCACACUGGGGAGAGACCUUACAAAUGUAUGGAGUGUGGAAAGAGCUAUUGCCAGAGUGGACACCUUGCUGCACAUAAAAUAAUGCACACGUGGGCAAAACAGUUUAAAUGCAUGGAGUGCGACAAGAGUUUUCUCAGAAAAUUUGACCUUACUGUGCAUCACAGAACCCACACAGGAGUGAAACCUUACACAUGUAUGGAUUGUGGAAAGAGCUUUUGCCAGAGUGGACACCUUGCUGCACAUGAAAGAAUGCACAUGUGGGCAGAACAGUUUAAAUGCAUGGUGUGCAGCAAGGGUUUUCUCAGAAAAUUUGACCUUACUGUGCAUCAGAGAACCCACACAGGAGUGAAACCUUAUAAAUGUAUGGAGUGUGGAAAGAGCUUUUCCCAGAGAGGACACCUUGCUUCACAUCGAAGAAUCCAUACAGGGGAGAAACCCUUUAAAUGUUUGGAGUGUGGAAAGAGCUUUCACAGGAACUGUGACCUUACUGCACAUCGGAGAACCCACACAGGAGUGAAACCUUACAAAUGUAUGGAGUGUGGAAAGAGCUUUAGCCAGAGUGGAAACCUUAAUGCACAUCAAAGAACCCACACAGAAAAACCCACCCUUUAAAUGUUUGGAGUGUGGAAACAGCUUUAGUCACAAUUACCACCUUACUUUACAUAAAAGAACCGACGCCAAGGAGAAACCGUAUCAAUGUAUAGCGUGUGGAGAAAGCUUUGGAGGGAGUGAUGGCCUGACUGUGCAUCUGGGAACCCAUGCCGUGGGUAAACCCUCUAUAAGUGAAUGUGAAAAAAGCUGCAGUAGGAGCAGGAAACAUAUUUCAUGUAAGGGAAUUAUUUGCUGUUUUGUUUCCCCCUUAAACUGAGGGUUAAUUGGAUGCUGUUGGAGCUCCUUGGCCUGGGGUGGGAGCUCCAAGUUUGAAUCCAAAGGAAGUCAAAUUGGGUAGGAGAGGCAGACGGUUUGAUGCUCACCACCCAGCCAAGGCACGUGGCCCCAAUCCACAGGUCGUUCGCCUCCUUCAUCAAAUUCUUUCGGUCUAGUGACCUGACCUGAUUGGAGUGAUUUGCCUAAAAUCUUUUGUGUGUUGAUGCCCGAAAAAUUUGGGGCUCAUUUUAGAGCAAGUCCCUUAACCUGAGUUCCUUCACUGGGUCCACCGUCAGAGUGAAAAGUAAAAUGGAAGGCAACCAAAAUCCGAAGCAAAUUGGACUAUUAAGCCUUUGAUUGUUUAUUUGUCGUGACAAAUAUUCAGCCUCUAUAAAAGCAAAGGAAGGAGAACCUCGUGACAAAGGGUGUCCUGCUUUUUAAAGGUUUACAGUUCCCGCGAAACAGCAAGGAAUCCCACCGCACAAACGUCAGUGAUAGGUAGGUAAACGUCAAAGAGGCAUCACGGAAUUAGGAGGGGUUGCAAUAUGUCAAUCAGAACAUUUGGGAAUUGCGGGUCUUACACCUUUCCAGGCAAAAUUUACACGAAGCAUUGUUACUGCAAGCGGCAUUGGGAUGGCAACAAGAACAACCCGUGUUCUAUUCAUCGGACAGACGCAUGCAGACAUUUGCCAUUAUAUCUCAUCCAUCGCCUCCAUCCAGAGGGAGAAACUUUGUCCUGGGAUUCUUCCCCCUGCAUGACUCUGUGCUUCGGAGAUUAUGAUGAGAGAGAGACUUCCCACAACGCAGGAGUGUCCGUGUGAUUCUAGAAGUCUGUUAACAAAGAAUAAAUCAUUUACGAACCCUUUU